CGGAGUUCUCUCCAUUCCAUCCGAUCUGCCGAGAGCCUGCGGACCCCCCUGAGCUUUUCCACCCAUUUGUCCCUCAUUGCCUGUCAAGAAUCAUGGACUGUUGUUCUAUGCCUUGUUCUCUGUCAAGACACCAUGAUUCGUGGUAACCGAAUGCUGAUGGUCAUUUUAUUAUGCCAAGUCCUGCUAGGAGGCACUAGCCAUGCCAGUCUGAUUCCUGAGACCGGGAAGAAGAAAGUGGCUGAGAUUCAGGGCCAAGCGGGCGGAAGGAGGUCUGCUCAGAGCCAUGAGCUCUUGCGGGACUUCGAGGCGACUCUGCUGCAGAUGUUCGGCCUCCGCAAGCGUCCACAGCCCAGCAAGGAGGUGGUGGUGCCCGACUACAUGCGGGACUUGUACCGGCUCCAGUCGGCCGAGGAGGAGGACGAAUUGCAGGAGAUCAGCUUGGAGUACCCCGAGAGACCUACCAGCCGCGCCAACACAGUGAGGAGCUUCCACCAUGAAGAACAUUUGGAGAGCAUUCCAGGCACGACAGGAAACAUGAGUAUUCGUUUUUUCUUCAAUCUCACCAGCAUUCCAGAGAACGAGGUGAUAUCGUCAGCUGAGCUUAGACUGUAUAGAGAACAGAUAGACCACGGACCUACGUGGGAGGAGGGAUUCCAUAGGAUAAAUAUAUUUGAAGUCAUGAAACCUUUUACAGAGAAUGAACAGUUGAUCACUAGGCUACUGGACACGAGGCUCAUCCACCACAACGUAACGCGGUGGGAAAGUUUUGACGUAAGCCCGGCCAUUACGCGGUGGACCCAAGACAAGGUCAUAAACCAUGGGCUUGCAGUGGAGGUGGUCCACCUCAACCAGACUAAACAUUUUCAGGGGAAGCACGUUCGGAUUAGCCGUUCCUUAUUACCUCAAGAGAACUCAGACUGGUCACAAAUGAGGCCGCUUUUAAUCACCUUUAGCCACGACGGCAGGGGACAUGCACUGACCAGGAGGUCAAAACGAAGUCCCAAACAGCAGAGAGCCCGUAAAAAAAAAUAAAAAUUGCCGUAGGCACGCGUUAUACGUGGAUUUCAGCGACGUUGGCUGGAACGAUUGGAUUGUGGCACCCCCUGGAUAUCAAGCCUUUUAUUGCCCAUGGCGAUUGUCCAUUUCCAUUGGCUGACCACUUAAACUCAACCAACCAUGCCAUUGUACAAACUCUGGUUAACUCCGUUAACUCCAGCAUCCCCAAAGCUUGCUGCGUACCAACAGAACUGAGCGCCAUUUCCAUGCUGUACUUGGACGAGUACGACAAAGUGGUCCUUAAAAACUAUCAGGAGAUGGUGGUAGAGGGUUGUGGAUGCCGCUAA